AUGUCGCCAGAGGCAGAGGCGUCCGCCCCGGACUGGCUAAUACGGAGAGGAUCCAGUGCACGUCCUGCUCUCAAGGAGAAAGUUGUUGCUAUUUACGAGGCAUUUCUAAAAGGAGACGACCCUAGCAUUGGAAACCCAAACUUUUGGGACGAGUUUUUCUUGCUCAAAGUCAAUGUUGAUUACCUUACUGUCGCCUUAUCGUCGCUGUCAGAAGCGCAGCUGUUGGCCAUCAAGGAUAGCAUAAACAACAUUUUUGUCCACGCCAUUGACGCGAUGCUGGACGAGUAUCCAACCCGUCAGAUACAUGCGAUGGAGACUCUACACACUUUAUUGCGGAACAUUUUUGCGAAGAAGUUUCAUAAUUUCAGCUUUGACGUCAUCAAUGUGUUGACGGGCCUUGAUCAGGCGGAUGCAACCUUCAGAACGCUUGUGGCAGCCAUUGAUGAUCGACUUCUGACCGGUGAAUCAGCUCAGGUUCGCGGGGCGGCCUUGCAGCUCACAAUAACAAUCGUCACUGGAUCCGAUAAUAUCAGUCAAAAUUCCGUGUUAAAUGACUAUUUUAUGAUCCACGAUGUUUUCGACAGUCUUACAAAGAUCAUGACGGACUUUACGACACAUCAACUGGCCUUCGAUGCAGCUGUCCUCCUCACCCUUUUAUGCAAUUACAACAAGUACGAGUCGAAUAAUCCGUAUUUAAAUCGUCUGGCAAAGCUCGACGACCAAAACGUAAUCACCAGCGCCGCGCAUAUAGUAUCUCGCGCGAGUCAGGACUGUCGCAAGAUAUAUAUGGAAACUAGACAGGAUGCCGAUACUACACCAGGCAGCAUACGCGUUCUCUCAUACCUUACCGGAGCCGUCUGGGGCCAGACAUCAAAGCCUCUUGACGAAGCAGGACUUCGUCGACAGGUGUUCCUUUUGCUACUCUACGAAUUUGCAUAUGCCAACGAAAAGUUUGUUGAUCAUCUUGGGUCAUCGCUUGCGAAAGCUGCCACGUCAGGGAAUGGACCGAGCCGUCAAGGUCUCGUAACGUCGGCCACGAAUCUGUAUUCGGCUAGUACCAUUCCUCCCGAAUCACAACAAAGUGAAGGGGAGGAAAACAGUCUUACAGCCUGUGCUCUCAUAGAUUUUGUUUCUUUCGCUUCGUAUCUCUUCCAAAAUAACCAUGAUACAAAGUCUGCCAUAUACAGCAAACUAUCGUUGCUGAUAUUGACUUGCUUAACUGAGAAUAGUGGACUCUGUGGGCAAAUGUUGGAUGAUAAUCUUGCGGUAAAGGUUAGGCUAUGUCGCCAGAAGCCACCAUACCUACCCAAUAUAAUGGACCAACCACGGCCACUAGCAUGCGCCAUUCUCGACGUUGUUGUAACAUUCAUGAGACACAACCUAUCCAAAAAGCUGCAAGCAGAUUCAUAUGCAUACUCGCUCGGCAUUGUCGAACGGAUUAUAUGUCAGAGCCGCGGCUUGAAAGUUCGGCUUCCGUACCAUUGGAACGAACUUUGGCUGGCCGUGAUGACAGUGGUUCAGUUUGUGGCAAGGCAAGAAAGUACUCUUCAGAGUCACACGGGCAUCGCUGGACUUAUCUUGCAGAUAUUUGCAAUGCUGAAUCUCGCAAUAACAUAUGGGGACACUUUCCUGCCUGAUCCGGCAAGCUACGAUAAUCUCUACUAUGAGGUGGUGCGAAAUGCCGAAUACCUGACGACGUUGAAUCGCAUCGCAACUCGUGAGCUGAACUCUGACACGCCACCACCAUCACCAUUUCGUAAUCCUUCUCUGCGAAACAUUACGCGAAGUCCCGCUGGCAGUCCCCGGAAUAGCAUGUCCUCGAUCUUUGUAUCAGCCUUGCAAGCGAAACAAGGCGUCCCAAUGUCCGCGAGCGAUUUUCGAAAUAUUGAAGCCAUCAUCAAUCAUAUGCUACCGAAGAUUGAGCAGUAUGGCGGAAAAGCAGCGAGUCUCACAAGUCAAGAUAUAGUGACUAUCAUCCGCGCGAACUAUGAUACACUGGAGCUCGUUAGUUUGGAUGGAGUGGAUUCUUAUAUGCGAUACGAUGGUGCGGGCGUGUAUGUAGAGCAAGCGUUUUUUCGUGGAUUAGUCAGGAUCGUGGCUGCAGACUUUCGGGAGAUGGGGCGAUAG